AGAAAGAACGAAAACUUGAAAUAUGUUUCGCUUUGUGGUAGCGCGGACGGCGCGCUUACGCGUCGAUGAGUUCAUUGUGUGUACUACAUCUCCUAGGCAUAUUUCUUGCCUAGCCGGAGAUCGUUCAAAGUGCUUCAAAAAAAGCACACUGGCAUCUUGCUAUGGUGUAUACACUGCUCGGGAUUUUUCGUUGCAAUCAUGGGCCCAAACACUGUCGCAGUCAAGACCCGUUGCGUACGCUCAAGACCUGCUGGAGGCAGCGCAUUCAACAAGCGGACUUACGUGGGGCUCAACCAUCGUUCUCACGUCUCUAGCUCUCCGAGUAGCUGUCACGUUGCCACUUGCCGUCUAUCAACAUCACGUGCUUGCCAGAUUUGCCAACCUCGAUCGCGAAAUGGCCGGCAUUGCUCAAGAGCUGAAGCGCGAAACGAUGCAAGCAACGCGCAUGUUCAAUCUCACUGAGAAGCAAGCUCGGCUCCUUUACAAAAGAAACCUGAAGCGACACCUCCAGAGGCUCGUGGUUCGAGACAACUGUCACCCAAUGAAAUCAGCCAUAGUGGUACUAUUUCAGCUGCCUAUGUGGAUUAGUCUCUCAGUCGCCCUCAGGAACAUGGCCUUCAUGUUGCCGUACCAGGACAUGGGUGCACAAGUCACAUACCUGGAGCUGAGCGUCGGGGGCCUGCUAUGGUUUACCAACCUGACACAGCCUGAUCCGAUGCACAUAAUUCCUCUGCUUGUGGGUCUUACGAACCUUAUGAAUGUAGAGUUUCACGUGCUACAAAGGCAGAAGCACAUGGCCAGCCUGCGAAGGUGGAUCACAAAUUUCGCCAGAGGUGUGGCGAUUGUCAGUGUGCCGAUUGCAUGGAUUAUGCCUGCCAAUGUGUCCCUCUACUGGCUCUGUUCAAGCAGCUUUGCCCUUGGCCAGAACAUGCUCAUAGCAGCUCCAGGAUUUCGACGCGCCUGCUCGAUUCCACUCACUGCUUCUGAGAGCCAGACACCUUUCAAGGAUGUUGCCAAUCGUCUGCGCCAACGACUGAAUGCUGCGUUCAGAACAGGCUCCUGAUCCCCCUUGGCAUGCUCUAGUUUUGUUGCUGUUGUAGCGAUUUUGAGCCGAUUUUAGAAAGCGAAUGGACAUAUUACUGUAAUAUUAAACAUCACCGUCCCUUUAUGGUUAGCUCUUGAGCAAGGAGUGGAUAAAAAUAGGGGGGAGGGGGAGACGUGUACGCGGAGUCACAGCUUGCUCGAAUUCAACAUCAACGUUGUUGCGUAAUUGUGAAAAGUCUACAUGCAUCAUGGGAACGAAAAUGCAGAGCGGGCGUACUCAUGAAGAAUCGUAUAGCAAGACAUUCUUUAUUGUUCCAAAACAAAAUAUCAUGCAGUACUUGCAGUGCAGAUAAUUGUCUCAUGUACACCUUAUUUUCUGCUCAUUUUCUAAAGUUUUUCAGUGACACAUCAUGUGUCUAAACACGUGUACUAUGGUAGUUGCCUCUUCAUGUGAGCCAUAGUUUUUAAACCUUUCUGUGCAUCAUUACAGUGUCACUUAGAAACUUCACUUUUCCUAAUAAGUAACAAUUGCAUGAGGUGUCAAGUAUGAGAGUUGGACAGUAAUUGGAUUAGUUGGUGAAUAUUUAUAAUGAACUUUGUACAUGCGGGGCAACACAAGGAGGAGACAGGACGAGAAAGUAUUUUCGACUGACAUUAUCUCACCAUACCCAUGAGAAAGCAAACAAAACCCACCCAUAAAGAGCAUGGGCAAGGAAGCCAUGUCAGACAAAUAAAGAAACCAGUACCUUAGAAAGAUUUCACAUUAGAGCUACAUUCAUUGUUGUGCCGACCAGUGAACAAAACACUGCCACAUUAUGAUUCAAGUGACCUUAUGGAAUACGUCCUCUUUAUAACGUUUAGUUGAAGCGUUUCGAUCUUCUACAUAUGCAUGCGUUUUCUUUUUGUAAGACCAAUGCCUACAAACAUGUUUUACAAAGAAAAAAAAGCAAGGCGAGAGAGGACUGUGAUUUCUCAUGUUUAGCGCUGUUUUCACUAGAGGGGGCUUGUGCUGGUAAAUUUACAUGACCAAAUAUAUUGGUAUUGCCGACGCAUCUGUUGAUAGCUAUGUCAAUUUGAUUAUAAUGCCAGCCACAGUGGUUUAAACAAAAAUUUGGGAGGGAGGGUUUUACCACCCUCUGUGCAUGCAUAUUUUUGCCUGCACUUGCAUGUGUGCAUGUAAAUGGGCACAUAUGAAGUUAAAAAAUUUUGGGGGUAGAGGUUUAAUCUCCCUGCCCCUAGCCAUGCCAGUAGCCAGCCUAACCGUCUAGAAACUGAUUGAUAUUUAUGUUGUUGCCCACAAUUUUUAAUUCAUGGAAAUGUGUUGAUGUGCAUAUGUCACUUUCAAAAAGUGCUCUAUGUCUGUUGAUAAUUUUGCUGCUCCUUCAAUUUAUUUUAAUAGUAUUAGAAUAGAUAGAAGGAUAAAUAUGAUUUAUUAUUUGGUUUUUGCACAU